AUGGACGCCAUUGCCGACCCAAAUCCCACCGCGGCCGUGACGGUAUUCGAUAUCGGCCAGACCAGCUUGACUCUGUGCUUUCGGCUGCCAUGGGUCAUUGGCACAACUCUUUUCCGCCGCUGGUGGCCCUGGAACCGCACGUAUAAGCCUCCGCCUCUCCGCGAGCAUCUCUUUCGGCAUAGCCUUGGAAACCACGUCCCGCUAUCGGUUUGGCAGUGGUACACAGCCUCGGAUACAAGUGGAUCCAACCUGAAGACGUCCACACGAUACGGUCAUAUUCCGCAUCUCUUCGCACCCGUCCGCACCCCCGAGUUCUGUGGCUACUGGAUAUGCCGCGGGCUGGCCCAGGAGCCUGUCGAACCCCGCGAUGCGGAUCUCGUGCUGCUCCACGCCCACGGCGGUGGGUACGUCUCCGGCCAUCCUAGUGUCGGCGCCCCGGAACACGUCUUCCUCGCGGAGAUCCUGCAGCAGAACGAUGUUACGACGGCGAUAUUCUCAUUGGACUACACGCUAGCCCCAAGAGCGAUAUUCCCGAAACAGCGCGAUGAGGCUGUAGCCGCGUAUAAUUGGCUUCGUAGAGAGAUGGGCGUCGACCCGUCGAAGAUUAUCGUCAUUGGCGAUUCCGCGGGCGGACAUGUUAUCGUGUCUCUUCUCGUAGGGCUGAAUGAGAAUAAGAGACGCAGCCAGGGCCCAGACUCCAAUGAUAUCGAAAACGACUCGCGCCCAGCAGCCGCCGUGCUGGUAAGUCCCUGGAUGAACCUGCACACAUCGCACCCGCGCGCCCUAGAACUACACUGGGAAGAGCGCCUAUUCAAGCGCUCGCUGGACACAUACUGCAAAUGGAUCCUGCGCGGCGCAAGCCCCGAAUUGGACCUGCUAUAUGGCAAUUUCGCCCUCGGCCGGGAAACCCGCGGGCCAUGGGUGGAUAUCCUGCCGGCGCAGACUUGGAUCACGGCGGGCGCGGAGGAGUUUGUUUUUCUUUACGAUAUUGAGGACUUUGUUGCGCAGGCUAAGAAGGAUGGUUCUCAUGUUAUGCUUGAUGUGGCGUCUGGGAAGAAUCAUACUUGGCAGUGUGCGGAAGCGUUCGGGCAGCAGAGUCGCUUGUUGGCGGUGCCUUUGGAUGGGGAGCUGCCUGGCGAUCUUAUGAGGGGCUAUAGGGAGUUGGCGAUGGGGAUAUUGCAGCUUCUUGCUGGACAGUGA